AGUCAGUCAGAGGGUCUCUCAAAGGGUAAAAGCGUUCGACUGCUUUCAGUCGAGUCUGUCUCGUCGUGUGCUGUGCACGAGUGCGCGUUCCCACCGGAGUAGUAGCGAACUGCCGAAAAGCGCGAAUACAUACAUAUACAUACACAUAUACACAUACAUUUUUACCGACUCCGUCCAAGUCACAGCUCCGCGAAUUAUUUUCAUGAUCACACAGAGCGCAACAAUAGCUGAAUCAGGCUGAAAGUUUAUUUCUGCACACAAUUAGCAGAAGCACGCCGGCAAGUCGGUAGCCAACACAGUACAUCCAUCGAUUAGCGAUUAUAAUUAAACAAAGAUAAAAUGCAAUUUCUCAAAAGGUUCCGGAAGGGCCUCAACAAUGAAUUACAAAAGCAAAAUUUCGGCUUUGAGUGCAGUCACGUGCAUCUAUUUUAUAAGUCUCUGUGGCAAAAACAUGAAGUCAGCACAGUUUAUUUACUAUAUCGUUGGCUACUGGCGCUAAUAUUUCUGGGCGUUUACAUCACUUGCAUCAUUCUGCAAUUCUGUGAUGGCAAAUUUUUUAUCUACAUGACCAACUGGGGCUUUGGUCUGAUCACGAUCACAAUGAUAGUUGCGGCAGUGAACGUCACACGCUGGCACUACGAUCUACAGAAUGUGCGGAGUCUGGUGCAGGAGGCGGGACAGAAGGCGCGCACAUCAUGCGGCCUGAAGAUAUACUGGUGGCUGUAUAAUAUAUCAUUAUUGCUGGCACUAAUCAUAUCCACAGUAUACUGGAUAUUUCUCAAUGGUCGCAUGAACAAACCAACACGAUUUCCGGUCAUCAGCAUUGUAACGCAUGCUCUGAAUACCGUUUGUAUGCUGAUCGAUUUUCUAGUCGUUGCAUUUCCGUUGCGUCUGUGGCACAUGGUGCAGACGAUGUGCAUGGCCAUUGCCUUCUUUCUGUUCACCCUCAUCUAUCACUUUUGCGGCGGCACCGACGAAUUCGGCAAUCCCUAUGUCUAUCCCAUACUGGACUGGAACAAUCCCAAGCGCUGUCUGAUCACCUUUGUCGGCAUUUUCCUAAUGAUCAUCUGCUAUUGGGUGCUGCUCUUUGGCGUUCACAAAUUGAAGCAGGUCUUCAAUCGAGCCUUCAGCAUUGUCUGGACACCUCAUGCCGUUGGCCUCAUAUGAGAUCAACUCUCUAUCUAGCACUGACUAAAUACAAAAUAAUACCACCAUCAUACAAAACUGCACUCAAGUAGUUUUAGGUAGUACCGCCCGCAUUUGCUCAUUAUUUCCAUUUAGUUACAUAACUCGCACACACACACACACACACAGACACACACAUUGAUUGACACACACUUUCAUGCACACAUUCUAUACCAUUUAUUUAUAUCAAUUUGUAGCUGUACGCAGUAAAUUAUUGUUAUUUGGUAACUACUAGCUCUGCGAUUAGUUUAUAAGUGCAUUUCUACUGGUUCCUUAAUGUCGAAGCAAUGGACAAUUGCUUUGGCUAUAUAUAUUUUAACUGUAUAAACAGAUGAAUAAAGCUUAUCGCUAUGGAAUCCAUAGCAUAAAGAUUCCGUUGAAAAAUA